AUGCUAACGCUGAGAGAAAGCAUAAUCAAUAUGGCCUAUUACAAUUAUGAUGACAUCAAAUCAGGUCAGAUAAUUGAAUGCACUGCAAAGAUGUUCCAUAAAGGUGCACUUGUGGUUAAAGUGAUGGGUAAGAUUUCUGGCUACAUCCCUUCCAUGCAUCUUUCUGAUAUUCCUUUAAUUAAUCCUGAGAAAAAGUUUAAAGCUGGUAAAGUAUUAAAAUGCAAAGUUUUGAUUGUCAAACCUAAUGACAUGAAACUGAUUUUGACCAAUAAAAAGAUGCUUGUCAAGUCA